GUUUUCUCUAGCUCACGCUAACACACACACAUCGCCGCAGAGCCAUUUCCAUUUUCUCGCAACUCUCUACAUCGACAAUGGCUGAACGGGGUGGAGAACGAGGCGCCGAGCGAGGAGGAGACCGCGGCGGUUUCGGACGGGGAUUCGGAGGAGGCCGCGGCGACCGAGGCGGCCGCGGAGGUCCGAGAGGCCGAGGCGCCAGACGCGGAGGACGUCCCACAGAGGAGGAGAAGUGGACCCCAGUGACCAAGCUCGGCCGUCUCGUCCAAGCCGGAAAGAUCCAGAAGCUCGAGCAGAUCUACCUCCACUCCCUCCCCGUCAAGGAGUACCAGAUCAUCGACCUCCUCGUCGGUCCAACUUUAAAAGACGAGGUGAUGAAGAUCAUGCCGGUUCAGAAACAGACCAGGGCCGGUCAGAGGACGAGGUUCAAGGCCUUUGUCGUUGUCGGAGACACGAACGGGCACGUGGGGUUGGGUGUGAAGUGCUCCAAGGAGGUGGCGACGGCGAUCAGGGGUGGGAUUAUAUUGGCGAAGCUGUCUGUGAUUCCCGUGAGGAGAGGGUAUUGGGGGAACAAGAUUGGGAAGCCGCAUACGGUUCCUUGUAAGGUUACUGGGAAGUGUGGUUCUGUUACGGUGAGGAUGGUGCCUGCUCCGAGGGGGGCUGGGAUUGUGGCGGCUAGGGUUCCUAAGAAGGUGCUUCAGUUCGCUGGGAUUGAUGAUGUGUUUACUUCCUCGAGGGGGUCUACCAAAACUCUUGGAAACUUCGUAAAGGCUACAUUUGAUUGCCUCCAGAAGACUUAUGGAUUCCUGACACCAGAGUUCUGGAAAGAGACGAGCUUUAAAAAGUCACCGUACCAGGAGUACACUGAUCUGCUGGCCGAGAAGGGAACUGCAACCAAAGCCAUCACCGAGGUUGAAGACCAAGCCGCCUCCUAAAUAACAAACAAAUAAUGUCCCCCUUGUUUUGUUUUUGGAUGAUCCUUUCAUGAGUUUUAUUUUGUUCGAACCUUUAGUAUAUGUUGUUUGCUGGAUUGCUGCUAUCUUAUGUUUUCAUCAUCUUUCCAAACAAAGUUAUUUGGCUCUAGUUUUUUUUUAUAAUCGAUUACUUGAAUUUCUCUAA